AUGGAUUCUAUUGAGGCGUUACCACCUCCUCCGCCUGUUAUCCCUCCAAGUGUGGUUCCUGAAAUCGAGCCAGUGAAGAAGAAGACCAUUCUCCCAAUGGCUCGCCGUAGCUGCGGCUCUAAAGGGCAGAAGAUUCCUCUUCUUACUAACCACUUCAGUGUUAACCUCAACAAAGCAAGCGGUCACUUCUUCCAUUACAGUGUUGCUAUCACAUACGAAGAUGGCCGUCCAGUGGAGGCAAAAGGCAUUGGCAGAAAGAUUCUUGACAGAGUCCAGGAGACGUACAAGAGUGAACUGGGUUCCAAAUACUUUGCUUAUGAUGGUGAGAAGACUCUGUUCACUGUUGGUGCUCUUCCCAGCAACAAACUUGACUUUUCCGUUGUUCUUGAAGACUCGGUUUCUAGCAGAAACAACACUGGAAAUGCUAGCCCGGAAGAAACCAAUGACGGAGACAAGAAAAGGUCAAGGCGUCCAAACCAGUCCAAGAAAUUCAUGGUUAAGAUAAGCUAUGCUCCGAAGAUCCCAAUGCAGGCUAUUGCAAGCCCUAUCCAAGGAAAGGAAACAGAGAAUCUCCAAGAUGCUAUAAGAGUCCUGGAUAUCAUCUUGCUCCAGAGUGCAGCUAGGCAAGGUUGCCUCCUUGUCCGCCAGCCCUUUUUUCACAAUGACGCAGCUAACUUUAGAACUACUCAGGGAGGCUUAUCCUUGAAUAUUGAAUGCGAAAGAUCCAGGCUCUCUGGACUGGAACAAGGUAAGUCAUCUUCUUUAUUAUGCUGUGGAGUUUAUCUCACGUUUAGCAUCUUUGAGAAGUACUUAUCUGGUAACCUGAUCUUCUCUCAUCAGGCUAGACGUACUCUAAAGAGUCUGAGGGUUUCGGUUGCCCCUUCAAACAGAGAAUACAAGAUAACCGGACUCAGCGAACAACUCUGCAAAAAUCAUUUGUUUACUCGGAAUCUGAAAAAAGAUAAUGGGGAAGUCGAGGAGGUUGAGACAACAGUGGGAGUUUCUUCAUGUAGUAAUAGUAAAGAGGAUAAGAGAGUUGAACCUGAGGUAUCUUCUGUUUACUCGAGUGUAUCUUCUGUUGGAGGAUCAUCAUCUAGUCAAAAGGACGAUCGAGUGUCAGAUUAUUUGGGUGAGGAUAUACCACAGAGGCUCAAAGGUGCUCCUUCUAAACCACCUACUACACCAAGACGGAUUAGGCGAAAUGAGGAUAAUUACGCAUAUGUUUACAUAGACUAUGAAACCGUUCGUUUAAGGGGAGACAUCAAUGAAGAGAAGAUUAAGAAGCUUAGGAGAGACCUUUUAGCGAUAGUCAACUUGGGUUUGCGCGAGGGAGAGGGCCCCUACAUACUGGCUAAGGUGAAUAUAUAUAUGCUUGAGGAACAGGGUAAGAAAAAUUUUGUUCGGGCUUUGGAAGGAGAAGGGUUUAAAGUCUAUACAUUUGAAGAAAGGAAUAUGUUUUGUUCAAAACAUGGACCUGCUGAGAAUCGGCGUCGUCGGAUUCGCCGUGAGAAUAUUCUCCGGGAAGCUCGAUUACGUAACGAGCGUAUAACUUUGCAGAAGGAGCUCCUUCUCGAGAUGGCAUUUGGUUUGGAUUUACAACAGAGGUGCACCAUUGUUAAACAUGAGAGAACUCGUAGUAGGAUACUCUACAUGUCGAACGACGAGAGGUUUAGUAGCCAGGGUUUUCUCGAAACUUUGAAGUGUAGGGGUAGAGAUGGUACAGCUAGUGUUGGUGUCCGCCAUACCAUGACAGAAGACAUGGUUGGCGUCCCAAUGAGAAGUCCCUUGAGAAAGUUAACCAGAAGAUGA